CACCACAUCCUGUGCGGAGGCAGAGAAGGUAGUAGAAACGCUCCAAAUUGCUGAGGAUGCCGCCGAGUCGCCGAUGCAUAAGGCCCCAUCGCCUCUGGCUCCCCAAAUAGGCCCUUUUUCCAAAUCCCAACUAGCUCUCUGUCCAUAUUUAUUUCUUUCCGUCUUUCUUCCAUCUUCUUUCUCUCUGAUGUCCUCCUCCUGCGUUUUGUUUGGUGGCUUGAUUAUUUCCUAACCUAAGUCUCCUAAUAAAUCAAUCCUUGGUCUCACCUCUCCUACGUAUUGUGUUAGUAAGUCCCUCCUUCUCGACAAGCGUGUGGCGCUCUUGUUCCAGAAAUUGGAUGUUGCUUUCCUAUUUAAUCCAGAGAUUUGUAUAGUAGUUUCUUUGGUGGCAGGUUCUUUUGUGAAUCAAAAGAUGAGGAUUUGAUGGUAGUCGGAUCAGCUAUGCGUUACUAGUUCGUCGUAGGGGUGUUGAAGGAGAUAACUGUUACAAUGUAUGCUCGGAGAUUGAAGUGCCGAUGUGGGAUUGGCAGUUCUUUGCUUCGGUGUGCCAAUGAUUCGUUUAGGUUUCAUGAUUACGAGAUUAUAAAAUUGGGUCGAUCCCCAAAUCGCCAGCUAUCGCUGUUUCAAUCUACCUAUGGUUGCGGGAACUUGCGGGAUUUGGCUAGGGUUCGUGGUUACGAGAUUGGGCAAGUCUAUGGACGGAAAAUUCGUGUAUCAUCGCGGUCUGCAUUAGCUGGAACUGUUUUUUUGAGAGAUUAUGGUGGCGGAUUGUCACCUACUCGGUUGCUGGUAUCGGUUAAUGGCAAUGGGUGGUCAAGUUUUCGGUUGUAUAGCUCGGAAGGUGAUGGAAGGAGCGCCGGUGAAAGCGAGCAGGCUCCUGCGAAGAAGGUGGAUGGCCGGGUGGAUGGGAGUAGUUCGGUCGCAAAAUCUACCGCAGAGAAAAAGAAGUCCGUUUCGAAUCAAUCUGAUGCGCAUGCUCGCCUGUGCGAGCAGGAUCAGCAGGAUUGGCUUAAGAACGAGAGGUUGUUUUAUGAUAGUAAGAAGAGAGAGUCGCCGUUUUUAACGAGGCGACAGAGGUUCAAAAACGAAUUUAUGCGGCGGCUGAUACCUUGGGAGAAGAUCUCAGUUACGUGGGAUAACUUCCCAUACCAUAUCCAUGAAAACACGAAAAAUAUUUUGAUUGAAUGCGCUUCGACUCAUUUUAAGCACCAGAAGUUUGCUGCUCAUUACGGAUCACGGUUGAGUUCCUCAAGUGGUAGAAUAUUGCUCCAAAGUGCACCUGGGACUGAACUCUACCGCGAGCGCAUUGUACGAGCACUUGCACAUGGUCUACAGGUUCCUUUGCUGGUUUUGGAUAGCAGCAUCCUUGCUCCAAAUGAUAUUGGCAGAGAAUGUGCAUCAGACAUUGAGACUGAUGAUGAAAAUGAAGAAACAGGAGAGGAAGGUACUUCAGAAUCUGAGGUUGAUGAUGAGAAUGAGGCCACUAACGAAGAUGAGUGGGCCAGCAGUAGUGAGGUAAAAUCAGAAGACGAAGAUGAGGCUGCAAUUCAGGCAUCAGCAGAGGUCCUUAAGAAGCUUGUGCCAUACAGUAUAGAGGAGUUUGAGAAGAGGGUUUCAGGAGUUGAAGCUGAAAGUGCUUCCAGUGCAGAAAAAUCAGAUGCUGAAACAACUCAACAAUCUAAAAGACCUUUUAAAAAGGGAGAUCGUGUUAAAUACAUUGGGACGUCUGUAAAUGUUGAUGUUGAUAAUAGGAUUAUUCUGGGGAAAAUACCAACAUGUCAUGGCCCAACUAAUGCUUUUACAUUUAUCAGUGGAAGGCAAUUAUCCAGUGGUCAGCGUGGUGAAGUUUAUGAGGUAAAUGGAGAUCAAGUUGCUGUUAUCUUUGAUGAUAGCAGCAAAAAGACCAAGGAAGGACACGCUGCUGAGAAAGGCAAUGUGAAAGCUGCCAAACCAUCAGUUUAUUGGAUUGAUGUUCAAGACAUUGAGCAUGAUCUUGAUACUCAGGCAGAAGACUGGUACAUUGCUAUUGAAGCACUUCGUGAGUUGUUGCCAUCACUGCAUCCAGUGAUUGUGUACUUUCCGGACUCUUACCAGUGGUUGUCAAGGGCAGUGACCAAGUCAAAUAGAAAAGAGUUUUUACAUAAGGUAGAACAAACAUUUGAGAGUUUGUCAGGAUCUAUUAUUUUAAUAUGCGGUCAGAGUAAAGUUGAAAAUGGACCAAAAGAGAAAGAAAAGCUGACAAUGGUAUUGCCUCAUUUUGGUCGCAUAGGAAAGCUGCCUGUGCCAUUGAAACGUCUGACAGAGGGAUUAAGAGAAACAAAGGCAGCAAAAGAUAGAGAUGCGAACAGAAUUUUCACCAAUGUUUUGACAAUUCCUCCUCCAAAAGAGGAGGAGUUACUCAGAGUAUUUAACAAACAAGUUGCAGAAGACAGAAAAAUUGCUAUAUCAAGGAGCAAUCUACGUGAACUACACAAAGUGCUAGAGGAAAAUGACUUAUCUUGCCCUGAUCUUUUGCAUGUGAAGAGCGAUGAUGUGAUCCUCACAAAGCAGAAAGCAGAAAAGAUUGUUGGCUGGGCUAGAAACCAUUACUUAUCAAGUUGUUUGCUUCCGUCGAUUAGGGGUGAACGGCUGUCAAUACCUUGUAGAAGUAUGGAUGUAGCAUUGUCAAGACUUAGAGAACAAGAAUUUACUUCUAGGAAGCCAUCACAAAGUUUAAAGAGCCUUGCCAAGGAUGAGUACGAGAGCAAUUUUAUCUCAGCAGUGGUCCCAGCAGAUGAGAUUGGUGUGAAGUUUGAUGACAUUGGUGCACUUGAAGAUGUUAAAAAGACAUUAAAUGAGCUUGUUAUCCUCCCAAUGCGUCGGCCAGAACUAUUUUCACAUGGAAAUCUCUUAAGACCAUGCAAGGGAAUAUUGCUCUUUGGUCCUCCUGGUACGGGGAAAACACUUCUUGCAAAAGCACUUGCCACUGAAGCAGGAGCAAAUUUCAUUAGUAUAACUGGUUCUACUCUUACAUCAAAGUGGUUUGGUGAUGCUGAAAAGCUUACAAAGGCCCUUUUCUCAUUUGCAAGUAAGCUGGCCCCAGUCAUCAUUUUUGUAGAUGAGGUUGAUAGUCUACUUGGAGCCCGUGGUGGUGCUUUCGAGCAUGAAGCAACAAGAAGAAUGCGAAAUGAAUUUAUGGCUGCUUGGGAUGGUUUAAGAUCCAAAGAUACCCAGAGAAUUCUGAUUCUAGGUGCUACAAAUCGGCCAUUUGACCUUGAUGAUGCAGUAAUACGACGUUUACCAAGGAGGAUAUACGUGGAUCUCCCAGAUGCUGAAAAUAGGAUGAAAAUCUUAAGCAUAAUUCUUUCUCAAGAACGUUUAGAGACUAACUUCAAAUUUGAUGAGCUUGCCAAUGCCACCGAAGGUUAUUCUGGAAGUGAUUUGAAGAAUCUGUGCAUUGCUGCAGCAUAUAGACCUGUUCAAGAACUUUUGGAGGAAGAGAAGUGUGGUAGGAACAGCAUGCCUGCAGUUUUAAGGCCACUCAACUUGGAUGACUUCAUUCAAGCAAAAAAAAAGGUUGGUGCUUCAGUAGCAUACGAUGCCACCAGCAUGAAUGAUCUGCGGAAGUGGAAUGAACAAUAUGGAGAGGGAGGCAGCAGGAGAAGAUCACCUUUUGGCUUUGGCAACUAACCUUGGGAGUUAAAACACCCCUCUAAUCUCUCUGAAGUCUUCGUUAUACUUAUAGUAGCUUUUGGCCUGUAGUCUAAGAGAAGGUGAGGUCCUUUUUCUUUGAUAUUUUUGCCAGAUAAUAUUUGUAAAUCAUCAGAGGACUCAAUUCCAAUCGGAAUACUUCGUGUAAUCAUUUCAUUCAUUUUUCUUAAAGGUUAUAAAAUGAAAACUCGAUUCUUAGUCUUCUUCCC